AGGUGCUCCGCCUGGAAAUGUCUCCAUUAGUUGUCGCCCGCUCCCCGCUGGAGCGCGCGCGCCGAGCGGCCGCGCCGAGCCCUAGCGGGCGGCCAGGAGUGGCCCGGCGCCACCACAGCGAUUAGGAGACCUCGGCCCCGGAGCAGUGGCCGCGCCACGCGAGCCUCCGCGCCCCGGACCCCGCCGGCCCCGCCCUGAGGCCCCGGGUCAAGCUCGCCAUGUCCUACCCACAGUUUGGAUACCCCUACUCCUCGGCUCCCCAGUUCCUGAUGACCACCAACUCCCUAAGCGCGUGCUGCGAGUCUGGCGGCCGCACGCUGACUGACUCCGGGCCCGCUGCCUCGGCCCAGGCGCCGGUCUACUGCCCAGUCUACGAGAGCCGGCUGCUGGCCACCGCGCGCCACGAGCUCAACUCGGCCGCCGCGCUCGGCGUCUACGGGGCCCCCUACGGCAGCUCGCAGGGCUAUGGCAACUACGUGACCUAUGGCUCCGAGGCAUCUGCCUUCUACUCACUGAACAGCUUCGACUCCAAGGAUGGGACGGGAUCUGCGCAUGCGGGCCUGGCGCCCGCCGCCGCCGCCGCCGCGUACUACCCGUACGAGCCAGCGCUGGGCCAGUACCCGUAUGACAGGUACGGAACCAUGGACAGCGGUACGCGGCGGAAGAACGCCACGCGUGAGACCACCAGCACGCUCAAGGCCUGGCUGCAGGAGCACCGCAAGAACCCCUACCCCACCAAGGGCGAGAAGAUCAUGCUGGCCAUCAUCACCAAGAUGACGCUCACGCAGGUCUCCACCUGGUUCGCCAACGCGCGCCGGCGCCUCAAGAAGGAGAACAAGAUGACGUGGCCACCCCGGAACAAGUGUGCAGACGAGAAGCGGCCAUACCGGGAGGGAGAAGAGGAAGAGGGCGAGGAGGAGGCUCGGGAGGAGCCCCUCAAGAGUGCCAAGACCGAAGAGGCCAUCAGCAAAGACAAGGAGCUAGAGCUCAGUGACUUGGACGACUUCGACGCCCUGGAGGCGGAGACUACGGAGUGCCAACUGAAACCGCCCUUCCAGACCCUGGAUGGAGGCCUGGAGAGGGUCCCCGCUGCCACGGACGGCCCUGGUGCCCCAGGCAAGGAGGCCUCCGGUGCCCUCCGGAUGCCGAUGGCCGCCGGUGCUGGAGGGGCCCUGGACCAGGACCUGGAGAGGGCCCGGAGCUGCCUCCGAAGCGCAGCGGCCGGGCACGAGCAUCAGCCAGGCGCCGGGUGCGGCUCGCAGGCCUGCGAGGCCAAGCUGGGCUUCUCACCUCCCGGGGCGACAGCGGGCCUGGAGGCCAAGCCCCGCAUCUGGUCCCUGGCACACACGGCCACAGCUGCCGCAGCCACGGCUCUGAGUCAGACUGAGUUUCCCUCGUGUAUGCUCAAGCGCCACGGCCUCUCGUCCGCUCCCUCCGCGUCCUCGCCUGCGGUCCCUGCCCCUACCGCUGCCCUGGACAGGCACCAGGACUCCCCGGUCACCAGUCUCAGAAACUGGGUGGAUGGGGUUUUCCACGACCCCAUCCUCAGGCACAGCACUUUGAACCAGGCUUGGGCCACCGCCAAGGGCGCCCUCCUGGACUCGGGGCCGCUGGGACGCUCGCUGGGGCCGGGCGCCAACGUGUUGACGGCGCCCCUGGCGCGCGCCUUCCCCCCCGCCGCACCCCAAGAUGCCCAGGCCUCUGGUGAGGCCAAGGAGCUGCUGGCCUUGCCCAAGGCCGGCAGCAAGCCCUUCUGCGCCUAG